AUGAGUAAUUCUGUAGAAGAUUCUGAAAUCGAAACCAAUUAUCAUGAAGUAGUCGAUGGCUUCGAGAAGUUGGACUUAAAACCAGAACUUCUUCGUGGUAUAUAUGGUUAUGGUUAUGAAAAGCCAUCAGCCAUUCAACAGCGAGCAAUUAAGCCAUCUAUCGAGGGUCGUGAUGUUAUCGCUCAAGCUCAGUCCGGUACAGGAAAAACGGCAACAUUUGCCAUCAGCAUUUUACAAAGGAUAGAUGUUUCAUCAAACACUUGUCAAGCCCUUGUCCUCGUACCAACCAGAGAACUUGCAAGACAAAUCCAAACGGUUGUGCAACGCAUUGGUUCCUAUCUAAACGUCAAAUGCUAUACGUGUAUCGGGGGGACAAGAACCUCUCAAGAUAUGGCGUGCCUGCAACAGGGUCAGCAUGUUGUAGUUGGUACUCCCGGCCGUGUUUUUGAUAUGAUGAAUCGUAAUACUCUGGCAACCGCUAAUAUCAAGAUUUUCGUGUUGGACGAAGCUGAUCAAAUGCUUGAUCGUGGUUUUGAACCCCAAAUUAAAGAAAUAUAUAGAUUUUUACCUGAAACUGCUCAAAUCAUGUUACUAUCUGCCACUAUGCCGAAAUCAAUACUUUCUAUUGCACGGAGUAUAAUGCAUGAUCCUGUUCAAAUUCUGAUUAAGAAAGAAGAAUUAACAUUGGAUGGGAUCAAACAGUUUUAUAUUAAUGUGUCCAAAGAAGACUACAAAUUAGAGACCUUAAUGGACCUAUAUGGAAUAAUGAAUUUAAGUCAAGUCGUUAUUUUCGUUAACUCUGUAAACAAGUCCACACAUAUUUGUAAUGAGCUUAGACUCAAAAAGUUCCAAGUUUCGUGCAUUCAUAGUGAUAUGGAUCAAGAAAAACGUGAUGCAGUUAUGGAGGAAUUCCGUAGUGGAAGAUCACGAAUUUUGCUGUCCACUGAUAUUCUAGCUCGUGGUAUUGAUGUACAGCAAGUCUCUCUAGUCGUGAACUAUGACUUACCUAGCAAUCGUGAGACAUAUAUCCACAGAAUCGGGAGAGGAGGUCGUUUUGGAAGAAAAGGUACAGCCAUCAACUUUAUCACUGAAUCAGAAAUAGAAGCUCUAAGUGACUUGCAGCAAUAUUUCAAUACAGAAAUUCUUGAGAUGCCUGAUGACAUUGUUGAUUUUCUGUAA